AUGUUCCAAAACCUCGUCAUUAUCGCCAUUCUCGCCAUUUUUUCAACUGCCGACGAAACCGAUGACUCCCUGCGAAAUGUUGGGCUGGGCCCCGACGAAUUGGCCAUGUUGGACGACUUUGAGGUGAAAUUGUUGAGGGACUCGAUCCGUGGAGUGGGCUCGGUUAGUCGGGGCUACAAUCUGCAAAGCGAGAAGGCCCCGUCGGGCUUCGAUUUCGGGGCGUUUCCGGGCAUCCGAGGCACCAAACAGCUGGCCACGGAUGAUGUUGUCGUGCCGGUCGGUGGAGCGGUAAGUUUUUUUUUUAUUUUUUGGCCUUAGCUGGUGUAUUAAUGUCUGAAAGACAAAGGAAAGGGAAAACCAAAAAAAUUUUUUUUGUAAAAUACGGAUUUUUUACGAAUCUUUUUUUAGACUAAAAAUUACAAUGAAAUUGUAAUUUCUCAAUCUUCAAUGGAUGAAUUUUUGUGAAAUUUAACCCAAAUAGUCUACACGGGAGACAUUUCAAUUGCUGAAAAUUUCAGCUUUCCCGUUGCAGGGGCCGCCGAGAUAUUCAACGAUAUUUUUGGCCGAGAGAGUAUGGGAAAUGAAGGGAACGGUCAGAGAAAAAACCACUUUUUGGCUGUGUCUUUGUCAGUUUCGCGCGGAAAAAUUUAUUCGAAACAGUCAGCUAAAAUUUCCAGCAAUGAAAAUGCAGCUGAAGCGGAGCGUAUUUUACAAAUUUCAAGAGAAUCAAAAACACAAUUUUUUUUUUAAAAAAAAAAUUAAUUUUUUAGGAGUAAAUCUGACUUUUUCAGUUUGCCGAAGACUCGGCUGACCUUGUCACUCCACCUCAGCUGUUUCAAGUGCAUAAAGACGAAGAUGUCACCACGGCUAAGCCAAAGCACAAGCUGAAGGCUCGAAGAAAGAAGCCCAAAAAGAGUGAUCCCCGGAAGGAGGGCAAUACGGACACGGAUAUUACGCCGGCUCAACAGAAACGCCUCGAGGUCUUGAUUGAGGUAAUUUUUUGUUAUUUUUUUGAGCAAUUUUCCAAAAAUUUUUUUGAAAAAAACAUUUUUUUUUUUAAAAUUUUUUUUCGGUAAAAUAUGUAAUGACCAAAAAAAUAGUUCUUUUUAGAAGGCUUUUGUUAUAUAGAGGUUUAUUUUGGCCUGAAAUCGGCUCUUCCAACCUCUGAAAUAGUCUGUUAUAAAUAGGUUUUGCUGUAUGCCAGUUUGAUGAUUAUAUGUAUUAUAAUAUCAGUCUGUCGGGAAAAUAAUGAGCAAACUGUCGUUGCUCUUUUUUGACCGAUUUCUCUGACUUUUAGGAAUUUCAAGUUUUCGUGGUGGGACCCAAAACUUUGAAAAGCCCCGAUUAUGCGAUAACUAUUGUUGAAUUAUGGUGUGUUUUUGAAUUAUAAGUCUGUCGGAAAAAUAAUGAUCACUAUGUCACUUUGCCUAUUACGUCGCUGAAGUGAAAAACAAUUAGAUUUUCUCCGCGACACGAUUCAUUUUCUCAGCGGCGAUGCGAUUUUCGAUGUGACAGAGUCCUCAUUAUUUUCCCGACAGACUAAUAGUCAGUUUGCAAAGUUGCUGCAGUGAUUUCAGCGACAUGCACUGGGCGAAACGAAAAUUUCAUUUUGCACUGUGCAAUAGGGUUUUUUUGGGCCCUGACUUUUUCUGCACAGUGCAAACGCUAAGAAUCACUGCAGCGACUUAAUGAACGGACUAGGACAGUAAUUUUACGGUAGAAAAAUUUUAUUUUUUCAAAGAUUUUUUUCGUGAAAAAUUUUGGUUUUUCCAAGAGGUUUUUGUGGAAAAAUUUUGAUUUUUUAUGAAAAAUUUGAUUUUUUCGACGGAUUUUUUUUUGUAAAAAAUUUUUUUUUUGAUUUUUUUAAAUUUCAAAUUUCAAUUUUUUUAUUCUUUCUUCUUUUUUUCAAAAAAAAAACAUAUUUCAGAUGCUCCUCCAAAAGAAGCGAAAAUUAUCGCAACUCUCGAAACCCGACGAAUGGGAAGACAUCGAGCCCCAAACCGACGCUCCGGCGACUGAGAAAGCAACAAAAACUGUAACGAAAAGGCCGGUUACACUCACUCAAAAAAGUGAAUUUACCGUCAGCGUGGACGGAGCGACCAAGCCGCCGAGUGGGAGGAGAGGUGAGCAGACUUAACAGGGGAAGAACCCCAAAUGCGACGCUCAGAUUUUGAUGAAACUUGGCACAAAUUUAGAAUACUUUUUUCGAAGAUAUAUGCGAGAAUCCUAGCUCGCGCUUUGCAGAAAAAACCGAGAUUUUUAGAUAAGAAAAUCGGCGAAAAAUUAGAACUUUUUGCCGAAUUUCGGCACGAAAAAUUUCAUGCCUAUUUCUACCGUAAAGUAUAAUUUUUCUACAAAAAAUCAAAAUUUUCAGCACGAAAUGAAGAUUUUGAAGCAUCGUAUUUUAUUUACUAUGCAAUAUUUUGAUAAUCUUUUUUGUUUUCCCGUGAAUUUUAGCCGUUCGCAGGUUUUCGUGGUAGGACCAAAAAUUUUUUUGUUCAAAAAUUUUUUUUAAUUUCUAAAAAUUAAUUAAUUUUGAGUAUUUUUAAAAGUCAAAUAAAAGAAAAUACAAUCUCUUUCACCUCCAAUCUUCAAAAAAAAUGAGAUUUUUUGAGCGAAAUAUUACAAAAUUGAAAAAAAAAAUUUUUUGUGAUUUUUGAAUUUGAAACUUGGCAUUCUGUUUCAAGUCUUGAGUACAAUAUUUCCACAAAAAAUCAAAUUUUUCCGCAUGAAACUGCCAAAGUUAUGGCCAAAAAGCGCUUUUCUCUCUGACCGCUCUCCACGUUUAGCGUGCUCUCUCGGCGGCAAAAAUCGUUCGAUAUCUCGGCGGCGCCGGCAAAGCGCGAGCUAAAACUUUCAGGGAUUGAUAUUUAGUCCAUACCCGACGUGUGUGCAAAAUUUAAAGAAAAUCUGAGCGUCGCACUUGGAGUUCUUCCCCUGUUAAAAUGAAGACUUUCUUAAAGAUUACGGUAUUUAUUUAUCAUCACGAUACAAUAUCAGUCUGUCGGGAAAAUAAUGAGCACUCUGUUUCAGGUCUUUCGAUGAUCACUGAGCAAGAAGAAGAGGACGAGGCCGAAUUUGUUGUAACCGAAAAACAAAAAGAGCCCGAACCGACGCCAGCGCCGGUCAAAAAAUCCCAGGUUUUCAGAGGCGACGAGAAAAUCAAUCGACCCGCCAAUACCGACGAGGUUUUGAAUGGGCAGCUGAUUGAUAAUGAAGUGGAAGCGAAAAAUCCACAAGGUAAAAGUUUGUGCCAAAUUUGUUUCUAAGGGCAGAAACUAAUAAGGAGGAUAUUCAAACUCGUAUUUUACCCUUUUAAAAUUGUUUUCUAGGUUUUAAAAUACGAUUUUUUCAGUUUUUUUUAUUUUCCGUCAUAUGUGAAAAAGCCGUAUGUCAAAUUCGGAAGCCGUAUUUUAGCUUUUUAAUGGUAUUAGAGGGUUGUAAAAAUCGUAUUUUAGGAUUUGAACGGUGUAUUUCUGGUUUUAAAAAGUCGUAUUUUAGGAUUUUUAAGUCCUGUUUUAGCUUUUGAGAUCCGUAUUUUAGCCGUCUAGGUUGUAUUUUAGGACUCAAACAAUCGUAUUUUAGGAUUUGAACGUCGUAUUUCUUGUUUUGAAAACCGUAUUUUAGGAUUUUUAAGUCUUAUUUUAACUUUUUAAUUUGUAUUUUCGGAGUUAAAAAUCGUAUUUUAGGAUUAAAAAAUCAUGCUUCAUAUAUUUUUUGAGUCAUUUUUAAGCUUUUAAGAUCCGUAUUUUAGCUUUUUAGUAUGUAUUUUUGGAUUUAAAAAAUCGUAUUUUAGGAUUUGAAGGUCUUCUCUCUUAUUUUCCUCGUAUUUUACCUUUAAGAACCGUAUUUUAGCUUUCAAUAGUCGUAUCUUAGCUUUUUGGUUUGUAUUUUCGGAGUUAAAAAAUCGUAUUUUAGAAAUUUAGUGUUGUAUUUUACCUUUUGAAAAUCGUAUCUUAGAUUUUAAAAAUAUUUUUUUUGACAUUUAAAUAUCGUAUCUUAGUAUUCAAAAAAGCGUUUUUUAGCGCUUGGGAGUCGUAUUCUAGCUUUUUUAGCUACAUAUUUUACCUUUUAAAACACUCAUCAUCAUCUUUCUUAUUUUCAAUUUUUCAGAUUGGGAAGACAAAAUGCGCGCCCUCACUCGAGAGCUGGGAUUUGUCCUGCAAAAAUUGCGCAUCGAAAAAGAAGAAAGCCGGAAGCUGAAUAAAACAAAUUUCGAUCCAAAACCCCCAACAAUCGUUGAAGUGAAAACAAUCGAUGCGAAUACGAACAACUUGGAUGAUAAUGACAGGGCGCCGCAACAACGGAAGGCGUUUAUCAGCAUUUUGAGAGAGGUGAGAGAAAAAAGUUUGCAAAAAUUUUGCUAAAAAUUUUUUGUUUUUUCUAAAUUUUGGGACAAAAAAAAUUGAGUUUACAAAUUUACAGUACCUUAUUUUCUCAAAAAACCCCUCAGGGCAUAGUAAAAAAUCAAAAAGUUCUAUCCGCAGUCGACAGGAUUCGAACCUGUGCGGGCAGAGCCCAAUUGAUUUCUAGUCAAUCUCCUUAACCACUCGGACACGACUGCACGGCCAUUUCGCCUUCUCUUUUGUUUGGGGUUUGGCGGGAAAAGAGAAAGAGCGACAAAUUUCGCACCGUGCGAUGAAAGAAGAUUUCAGUGCACAGUGCAGUGGAGAAGAAAUAUGUUUUGGGUUGCACAGUGCGGCGAAAAAAAGUUGUGUUUUAUCGUACUUUGCGACAAACAAAUUAUGUUUUUUCACUGCACUGUGCAACGAAAAAAAUUCUUUAUAGCACUGUGCGACGCAAAGAUUACAUUCGUUUUCACUGCACUGUGCGGCGCAAAAGAAACUUUAUUGCACAGUGCGACUCAAAAAAAAUUUCUACAUUGGUUUCCAAUGCACUGUGCGACAAAAAAUUACAUUAUUUAGCUGCACUGUGCUACUCAAAAACAACAUUGUUUUUCAUUGCACUGUGCGGCGCAAAAUAAAAAAUCAUUGCACUGUGCGGCGCAAAAAAGUUACAUUCUUUUCCAGUGCACUGUGCGGCAAAACAAAUUAUAUUAUUUCACUGCACUGUGCGACAAAAAAAAUUAUAUUAUUUUACUGCACUGUGCGAUGCCAAAAUUGUAUUUUUUCACUGCACAGUGCGGCGCAAAAAUUUUUUUAUUGCACUGUGGAACGCAAAAAAAUUUCAUGGCACUGUGCGACGGAAAAAAAUGAAUACAAAUUACAGCAACAAUACUCAAAAUAAAUUUUUAUAUGAUAUUUCAGGGAGUAGCUCGUCAGACCGACAUCAACGAGUACGUGUUUACAGCCAGCAUUACAUUGAUUCGAGAUGGAAAUAAAAUAAUUUUGGUGGACACGGGACUGGCCACGGAUAUAAAUGGGCAUACGGAUUUGUUGAAUAGUAAGUAUAUCAAUUUUGCUAAAAAAAAAAAAAAAAAAAAAAAAAUUAAUUUUUUUCAGAGCUCUCAAAGCUGAGUAUAUCCCCGCCUCAGGUGAACUACGUAAUCACCACUCACGGCCAUCCAGACCAUAGUGGAAACACCAAUGACUUCCCGGAUGCCAUCCAUUUCCAAGGGAAUAUGUUACAUCAUCAUAUCAAAUUCAACUUCUCGGACUUGUUUGAGGUGAGUAAACGUUGAGCAAAACACUUUUUGGCCAUAUUUCUGCCAGUUUCCUGCGGAAAAAAAAAUUUUUUUUUUGGAAACAUUACCAUCUACGGUAGAAAUAGCCAUGGAACUUUUCAUGUUAAAAUUCGCAAAAAAAUUUUUCAUUUUUGCCAAAUUGCGACCUAAAAAUCUCCAUCGUUUCUGCAAAUCGCGGGCUAAAAAUCUCACAUACGUGUUAUAAAACUUUAAUUCAAAUUUGGGCCAAGUUUUAUAAAAAUCUCAGCGUCACACAGCCUUCUAAAAAAUUUUUGGGUCUUGACACGAAAACUUCAAAAUUUUAAAAAUUCCGUGCUUCACUUCUGAAUCAAAAAGUAAACAAAAGAAAAUCAGUGCGAUCAAAAAUUUUACGUUCUUUUUCAACUUUUCGACCGAUUUUUUAGGCCUCUCUAUCAAAAAAAUUUGUUUCCAAAAAGAUCUCACAUACGUCUUUCAAUAUUCUACUCCAAAUUUGGACCAAGAUUCAUCAAAAUUUCAUCUUCACACACACUUUUAAAAAAAUUUUUGUGUCUCGACACGAAAACCUGAAAAUUUCAAAAAACCCCGUUUUUUGUUACUACAAGAAGUAAACAAAAUAAAAUUAGUUUAAUCAAAAAAUUUAUGUUCUUUCUCAACUGUUCAACCAAUUUUUUUAGGAUUUCCUACAAAAAAAAUACAAAAAACCAAAUUUUAUUUUAUUUCCAGAAAGACUCCCAUCAACUCACCCCCAACGUGCAGCUGAUCAAAACCCCCGGCCACACGCCCGACGACAUCUCCGUGUUGGUCAAAAACACCGACAAAUAUGGGACCGUGGCGGUGGCGGGCGACGUGUUCAUCGCCGAAGAGGACAUGGAGUUCCCGCUGAUGUGGAAGCCGAUGGCGUGGAACGAGCGGAUCCAGGAGAAGUCGAGGCAGCGGCUCCUCUGCGACGCCGACUACAUCAUCCCGGGCCAUGGGAAGGUGUUCAAAGUCAAGGACGAGAUGCGGAUCAAGGCGCAGUGCGCCUCGCAAUGGGGUAGAGGCGUGUGA